GGCAUCCUCCUCCAUCUUCCCUCCUCCUUCCUCCUCCAUUUUGGGAGGCAGGACAGAGGGGGAGGGAAGGCGGAGUUGUUUCCCCCUCGACGCCAUUUUCCAGCCCCAGAGGCAGCAGGGCUUCAGGCAGAAGGAGGCAGAGAAAUGGCAACCCUGCUUGGUUUAUGGCUGUCCUGAUGCUUCAAGCUGUGUUUCUCUUUAAACCAUGGGUCAGAAAGCCAAGUCCCAGCCAUCUGUGGAGGAGACUCCUGUCAAGGUGGCCGUGCGCAUUCGACCUUUGCUGCCCAAGGAGCGACUACAUGGGCACCAGACUUGUCUAAGAGGGGACCCAGAGGCUAAUGAAGUGACUCUAGGACACAACCGCCAUUUCCAUUUUGACACCGUCUUCACUGAAUCUUCAGACCAGGAGUCUGUGUAUGCUGCUUGUGUGCAACCACUAGUAGAGGCCUUUUUUGAAGGCUUCAAUGUUACUGUGUUUGCCUAUGGACAGACAGGCUCAGGCAAGACCUACACCAUUGGAGAAGCAAGCGUCUCGUCCAUCAGUGAAGAUGAACAGGGCAUAAUUCCAAGAGCCAUGGCUGAAGCCUUCAAACUCAUUGAUGAAAAUGACUUGCUUGACUAUACGGUCCGCGUCUCUUAUCUGGAAGUCUACAAGGAAGAGUUCCGAGACCUGCUGCAGGUGGAGACUGCCAGCAAAGACAUACAGAUUCGGGAAGAUGACAAAGGCAAUAUUGUGCUGCAUGGGGUGAAGGAAACUGAAGUGGAGGGGUUGGAUGAAGUUCUGAGCCUUCUGGAAAUGGGGAAUAUGGCCAAGCAUACAGGGCCCACCCACAUCAACAAAAAGUCAAGUCGCUCACACUCCAUCUUCACUGUGACAAUGGAGCAGCGGCGUAGUGUCGGGCGCCUCACUCACCCCACCCUUCAAGAAAAGGUCUUAGUUCCAGCUUCUGGCCAGGUUCUUGCCUCCAAAUUUCACUUUGUUGACCUAGCAGGCUCUGAACGAGUGGUGAAGACAGGAAACACUGGGGAGAGACUCAAGGAAAGCAUCCAGAUCAAUAGUGGACUGCUGUCAUUGGGUAACGUAAUCAGCGCAUUGGGUGACCCUCGCAGGAAAGGCAGUCACAUUCCUUACCGGGAUUCCAAAAUUACCAGGAUCCUGAAAGAUUCACUAGGUGGGAAUGCUAAGACUGUAAUGAUUGCCUGCAUCAGUCCCUCUUCCUGUGACUUUGAUGAGAGCUUGAACACACUGAAUUAUGCCAACCGUGCUCAGAAUAUCAAGAACAGGGCAGUGGUGAACUGCCGUAAGGAGACGGAGCAAGUGGAGGAGCUUCAGCUGCGGAUAAAGAGCCUGCAGAGAGCACUAGAACAGCGGCACCGUUCUGAGACCCGGAUUAUCAACCGAUCUGAUGGUGCAGUCAAGCAGAACUGGCAAGAUAGUGCUGCUCGCUUGCAUGCUGAAUGCAGUCGCUAUAGGACUUGUACUGAUGCUGCAUACCAGCUCUUGAUGGAAUUGCAAGGGGAAGGCAACUUGACUGUGGAUCAGAUCCUGCGGGUGAAAGAGUGGUUAUGUGCUGUGGAAAGUGAGAGGAGUGAACUGAGCUCAGCUUCUGGGUUAGAUAGUGGCAUUGAAAGCAGUUCAACAGAAGAUCAGAAGCACAAAGUGCCAAGUUCCAAGAUGACCAAGCCUCAGGUACUAGAAAAGCAGGAGCAGGGAGAUCACAUAAAAGUGCCUGACUCAGUACGAGAUGAGCAAGUGCUGAGGUUGGAGAGGCAAGUGGAGCGUUUAGAGGAAGAGAAUCAGGAUUUCUUGGCUGCCCUUGAGGAUGCCAUGGAGCAGUACAAACAGCAGAGUGCUAAAUUGCAGGAACAAGAAGAUGUCAUUUGUGAACUACGUAAGUGUCUGCAGAUGGAGAUGCCACACGCGGGUGUACCUGAAUUGUUGCAGAAUGUUUUCCUGGUGCAGCUUGGCCAAAGGCCUCAUACAGCCCCUGUGGAUCCUGCUCGGUCCCACCCCUGCUUUAGGCUUGCACAUAAUAACCACAGCAAGCUCUGUGCUGCCACAGUUCACAAAGGGAAGGACUUGUUGGAGUACUAUCAAAGUCGCACUCAAGGCUUGGUGUACAGCUUAGAGACUAACAAACUGAAGCUAGACAAGCCUUCAGAGCAGCUGAUAGAACCAUCUGUUGAGGAGGAGGAAAAGUGUGAGAAGCAGUCCCUUCACUGCUGCAGAAAUGGGGUCUACAGCUGGAGAAAGGAGGAUGUCUCUAACAAAAAGAGUAGAAAAUGGAGCAAUCUGGCACUCAUCCAGCAGGAGCCUCUAGAACUACCAAGAGAAGACUGUAGGAGACAACAGCUGGGCAGUCUUGGAGAAGGCAAGGAUUCAGAGUGGAGGCUACUUCAGGCUCAUCAGAAGAUCCGUGAGCUGGCUAUCAACAUCCGCAUGAAGGAAGACCUGAUUGUGGAACUUGUCAAGACAGGCAAGCAUGCUCAGACCAUGAAUAAGCAAUAUUGCCAGAAGAUCCAUGAUUUGGAGCAAGAGGCUGAACAAGUGCGAGUAGAGCUAAAUGAUAGUCAGAGGCAGCUUCAGGAACUGGAGGGGAGGGAUACCCGAGAUCCUGCAGAGAAGCGGAAGCUCCAGGAGUAUCGUAGCAAAGUGGCAGCUGCUCAGAGCAAAGUGAAGAUUCUGCAAGAGAAGAAGCAAGCGACUGAGAAGUUGGUCUCUCUCUCUGCUCAAAAUGAGAAGCGGCUGCAAGAACUAGAGAGAAAUGUGCAGCUGAUGCGACAACACCAGGGGCAACUACAGAGGAGGCUGCGGGAAGAGGUGGAGCAGAAGCGGCGGCUGGAAACAGAGAUGCACAAAGGGCAGCAUCGUGUCAAGGAAUUGGAGCUAAAGCAUGAACAGCAUCAGAAGAUUCUUCGCAUCAAGACUGAGGAGAUAGCAGCGUUCCAGAGGAAGCGUAGGAGUGGGAGCAACGACUCCAUGAUCAGUCUGGAGCAACAGCAGAAAAUUGAGGAGCAGAAGAAGUGGUUGGACCUUGAGAUGGAUAAAAUCCUUGAGCAGCGCCGUGCCUUGGAUGAACUGGAAGAUGAGCUGACCAAACGGGAAGCCAUUGUCGCGAAAAAGGAAGCUCUCCUUCAGGAGAAGAAUGGCCUUGAAAAUAAGAGAUUGCGUUCCAGUCAGGCGCUAAAUGAUGACAUACUGCGAGUGUCAAGCCGGUUGGAGUACCUGGAAAAAGAGCUUAGCCAAAAAAACGGGCAGCUUUGCCAUAGCAGUGCCCAUGAUCAGCAACAGAUCCGGCAGGAAAUCAACAACUUAAGGCAAGAAAAGGAUCAGUUGCUCAAACAAAGGCUGGAGAUAGAUAACAAGCUACGCCAGGGCACCUUGCUUUCUCCAGAGGAAGAACGGAUUCUUUUCCAGUUAGAUGAAGCCAUUGAGGCUCUUGAUGCUGCCAUAGAGUACAAAAAUGAGUCAAUCACUUGCAGGCAACGUGUCCUACGGUCCUCUGCCAGCCUCCUUUCCCAGUGUGAGAUGAACCUCAUGGCAAAACUGAGCUACCUCUCUUCCUCUGAGACCCGGGCAUUGCUCUGCAAGUAUUUUGAUAAGGUGGUGACUCUUCGGGAGGAUCAGCACAGACAACACAUCGCCUUUUCAGAACUGGAAAUGCAGCUGGAGGAACAGCUGCAAAUGGUGUUUUGGCUGGAAGUAGCCCUGGAGCGUCAGCGCUUAGAGAUGGACCGCCAGCUCACCCUUCAGCAGAAAGAGCAUGAGCAGAACAUUCAGCUUCUGCUCCAACAGAGCCGGGAGCACAUGGAAGAAGGACAGGCAAACAGCAGGCUUCAGUAUCAAGGAAGGAUCAAGGCAAUGGAAAAGGAAUUGGCCCAAUACAAAUGGGUAAACCAAGAGCUGACCCAGAAACUGAGCACAACCCAAUCCCAGGGACAAGGCAGAUGUGAUGGUACAGAAAGAAUUGCACUUCCAGCUGGGGACAGACAUGAUUUACUUCGGAUAGCCAAUGACAUAAAUAUUAAUGGUAUGUCGGAGCCAUGUUUGCAGAUGGAGGCUUCUGAGAAAAGUCAUAGACCUGGGGAAGAACUCAGGGACUUGGUUCAUGCACCAUUACCACCCACCUGGAGGCGUUCUUCACUGUCUAGUGUCAACUCCUUAGUACUGGAAGACCUUCAACAGAAAGCAUCAGAUUACCUGCCUAGAGCAGGCCAGGCAAAGGAGGUGUCCCUACCACAAAGCCUAGUUCCACUUCUGAAAUCCCACAAGGAACUUCACAGGCCAGGGCUGUCUUCUCGUGACAUCAUUGAUGUCAGAAAAAAUCCACUCUAAAUACAAACAGCUGCUUUUGCUCAGAAUUUGGGAGAGAAAAUGUACGUAAUGUAUUAAUAUAGACAAGCCCAUGAUUACUUAACCUACGGUCCUAAAGUCUUCCUGAAGUUAGUAAGCCUUUUCUAGGAACUGUUUUGGAUUUUCCUCUCCCCAAUAUCUGCCUCUUUUUGCUGGAGAAGAAAGCAAGUUUCAAGAACUUAUGUACAAUGGGAGUCUAUUUUCAGACCCCCUUUCCCCCGGACUUUGGAAUGUUUGUUGUAUAUAUAUUUUCAAUUACCUUUUAUACUGUUAAUUUCUAAUAAAGCAGAACAGUUUUUGUAA